AUGGCUGAAGAGGUCGACUAUGAGGCACUCCCAUCCGACGCAAGCCUUGGGGUUAACAUGCUGGCCGGAGCUCUGGCUGGUAUCACAGAGCACGCAGUCAUGUUCCCAAUAGACAGCAUAAAAACACGAAUGCAAGUAUUCGCGACCUCACCAGCCGCUGUUUACACAGGGAUCGGAAAUGCAUUCACUCGGAUAUCAUCUACAGAAGGCAUGCGAGCUCUAUGGCGAGGAGUCUCCUCAGUGGCAUUGGGUGCGGGACCAGCACAUGCAGUUCACUUUGGGACGUAUGAGGCGAUGAAGGAAUUAGCAGGCGGAAAUGCUGCUGGAAAUCAAUGGCUUGCAACAUCACUGGCAGGUGCAUCCGCCACCAUUGCUAGCGAUGCCCUCAUGAAUCCGUUCGAUGUCAUCAAGCAACGCAUGCAGGUGCACCAGUCGGAGUUCCGCUCCGUGUUUACUGCAUUGCAGGUCGUGUACCGGAAAGAGGGUCUUGCCGCGUUCUAUGUCUCGUAUCCCACAACCCUGAUGAUGUCAGUCCCGUUCACGGCCGUCCAAUUCACAGUCUAUGAACACAUAAAAAAGUUCCUAAAUCCAUCGUGCUCCUACUCGCCCGUUACGCAUAUGAUCGCAGGUGGUGUGGCAGGCGGCGUGGCGGCAGGUGUCACCACUCCUUUGGAUGUUGCGAAAACUCUCUUGCAGACCAGAGGCUCAUCGCACGAUCCCGAGAUUCGAAGAGUCGGCGGAAUGUUGGAUGCAUUUCGUAUAAUAUGGAGGAGAGAUGGAAUAAGAGGGUUUGGACGGGGAAUGUCGCCACGAGUUUUGACGCAUAUGCCCAGUAACGCGUUAUGUUGGCUAUCUUAUGAGUUUUUCAAGGUUGCUAUUCGCGAUCAAUGA